CCGCCUCCGCCCCCGCCCCGCCUUUGGCCCCGCGCCCGGAUGCCCAGCAGUCCCGAGCGAUCAGCCGGAGGCCUGAAGCUCUCGGUUCCUUGGAGGACCGACCAGGAGGCCAGGAAAGGAGCGUGUCCAGAAGCCAUGGCCGUGGGCAACAUCAACGAGCUGCCGGAAAACAUCCUGCUGGAGUUGUUCACGCACGUGCCCGCCCGCCAGCUGCUGCUGCGCUGCCGCCUGGUCUGCAGCCUCUGGCGCGACCUCAUUGACCUCGUGACCCUCUGGAAGCGCAAAUGCCUGCGCGAGGGCUUUAUCACUGAGGACUGGGACCAGCCCGUGGCCGACUGGAAGAUCUUCUAUUUCCUUCGCAGCCUCCGCAGGAACCUCCUGCACAACCCAUGUGCCGAAGAGGGAUUCGAGUUCUGGAGCCUGGACGUGAAUGGAGGUGAUGAGUGGAAGGUGGAGGAUCUCUCUAGAGACCAGAGGAAGGAAUUCCCCAAUGACCAGGUCAAGAAAUACUUCGUGACUUCUUAUUACACCUGCCUCAAGUCCCAGGUGGUGGACCUCAAGGCCGAAGGGUAUUGGGAGGAGCUGAUGGACACCACACGGCCGGACAUCGAGGUCAAGGACUGGUUCGCAGCCAGGCCAGACUGCGGGUCCAAGUACCAGCUGUGUGUUCAGCUCCUGUCGUCAGCGCAUGCGCCUCUGGGGACCUUCCAGCCAGACCCAGCAAUGAUCCAGCAGAAGAGCGAUGCCAAGUGGAGGGAGGUCUCCCACACGUUCUCCAACUAUCCGCCCGGCGUCCGCUACAUCUGGUUUCAGCACGGCGGCGUGGACACUCACUACUGGGCCGGCUGGUACGGCCCGAGGGUCACCAACAGCAGCAUCACCAUCGGGCCCCCACUGCCGUGACGCCCCCAAGCCCCCAGCCACCUAACCCCAACUGGUAAACUGCUGGUAGAGAAGGGCUGGGCUUGGGAAGGGGAGGUGGGGGCCAGGCUCCCCUAGACUUCCUAGUUCAUCCUUGCCCCCCCUGUCCCCAGCUGCCUCUCUGUGGCACCUCUUACUUUGGGCCACCUUUGUAUGUUAUCGUGGCUAGCUCUCUGCCUGGGGCUCUCAACCUGAAUGAUAGGGCUCCUGAGGUUAGGGGGGUACAGGGCAUUCCCCCAGGCUCCUCCCCCAGAUGCCUCUGACGGAGGGUCUCCAAGCUCCACUGGCAACCAGUGUCCCUUCCUGGGCCUUUUCUCACUGUCCUCUUUGAGGGCCUUUCAAGCAGGGACAGUCGAGACACCGGGUAAGCCCGCAGCUCCCCUGCAUGGCUGCCCUCCCAGAUGCUAGGAGGUGAGCACGUAGCUCAGAUGGGUCUGGGAGUGGAAGGAGGGCUCUGCCAGCCCAUCCUCUGCCCCAUUCUUUGCCACUCUCAAGCUCCCUGGCUCUGCCCACCUGCUCAGAGAGGUAGUUUUGGCCCAGAAGCUCAGGCCUGAUCCUGAGAUAGGCGGGCCUCGGGUGGGGUGGGGUCCUGGCCGGGUCUGGACUGGCCUUACUGUCCAUGAAGUUCCAGAAGCCACAUGGGUAGAAAAUGAGGGCAGGGGUCUCCAAAUGACGCCCCUGGGAUCCUAUGCACGGUAAUCCAGGGCAGGAAGGGGGCAGGAUUGGACCCUGAGAGCUGGGAUGUGUGAGCCCUGGAUAAGUGGGGGGGAGAGGGCGCAGGUUAAGGACCAUUUGUCCACCUGCAUGCCUAGGCCAGGCCCCCAACCUACCCUCGGAACUGCCGUUCCCAGGACCUCCCCACCCUGUCCGACCAUGUUCCUGCCUCUCCCUCCUGCUGGAAGGACAGAGUGCUCUGAUCCUACCCCUGCUGCAUGUGGCCAAAUAAAAGGUCUUCCCAGCCCAA